AUGGAUCCUCCACUGAAGGGCGAAGACCACAAUGACGACGAUGCGCAGUUGGCGCAGAUGGGACAUAAGUCGGAGUUGAAGCGUCAAUUCUCCCUACUGUCCAUGCUUGGGCUUGCUUUUGCCAUUUUGAAUUCAUGGACUGCUUUGUCUACAAGCUUGUCGCUCAGUCUUCCAUCGGGUGGCAGCACCAGUGUUGUCUGGGGCUUGGUUACUGCAGGCAUUUGCAAUUUGUGCAUGUCUGCUUCACUCGCUGAGUUCCUCUCCGCCUAUCCCACUGCCGGAGGUCAAUACCACUGGGUAGCUGUGAUUUCUUGGCCCAAAUGGAUGCCCAUCUUGUCUUGGAUUACUGGCUGGGUGAACUGCGCCGGCUGGGUUGCCCUGGUUGCGACUGGUGGUCUACUUGGUAGUCAACUCGUGAUUGGAGUGAUCUCUUUAAUGCACCCGACUUAUUCAUCUGAGCCAUGGCAGCAGUUUCUGAUCUAUAUCGGUUACAAUGUGGCUGGAUUCCUCAUCAAUGCCUUUGGAAACAGUAUCUUGCCCUACUUCAACAAGGCUGCUUUUACUUGGUCGCUGGGUGGUUUCACAAUAAUUUGCAUUACAGUCCUUGCUUGUUCCUCACCCAAUUUCAACUCCGGCGACUUCGUCUUUCGACAGUUCAUCAAUACGACCGGGUGGCCUGAUGGUGUUGCCUGGCUUCUUGGACUUCUGCAAGGAGGACUGGGUGUUACAGGAUUCGAUGGUGUUGCGCAUAUGAUCGAAGAAAUUCCUAACCCAUCAGUGGAAGGACCUAAAAUUAUGAUUGCCUGUGUUGGCAUUGGUACCGUUACUGGUACCAUCUUCCUCGUCAUUCUCCUGUUUGUCGCUGGCAGUAUCAAAGAAAUUACCGAAUCUUCAGCGGGACCACUUUUGGCUAUCCUAUAUCACGCAACUGCCAACAAAGCCGGUGCUGUUUGUUUGUUGGUCUUUCCCCUCGUGUGCAUGUUAUUUGCUACUACUGCUAUCAUGACUACUAGCAGCCGCAUGUGUUUUGCAUUUGCUCGUGAUGGCGGCUUGCCCUUUUCGCCCUUCUUCUCAAAAGUACACCCCAAACUAAAAGUCCCUCUUAACACACUCUACCUCAACCUUGCUUUGGUGAUCAUCUUCGGCUUGAUCUUCCUUGGCUCCUCCAGCGCCUUCAAUGCCAUCAUCUCCGCUUCCGUUGUUCUACUCGAUCUUGCCUAUGGCAUUCCAAUCGCCAUUAACUGUAUUCGAGGACGUAAUACACUUCCGGAGAGAUCAUUUGUUCUUCCCCAUGUCAUUGGAUGGGUGUUGAACACGAUCUCGCUGGUAUAUAUUACCCUCACCACCGUCCUGUUUCUCUUCCCGCCAGAUCUUCCCGCCACCGGCAGCAAUAUGAACUACUGUGUCGCUGCAUUUGGAAUUGUCUUUGUUAUUUCUUCCAUCACAUGGAUUGCCGAUGGUCGCAAGAAUUACGUGGGUCCCCGCAUUGAGGUAGAGGUUCUCUCUGGUCAGGUAGGAGACCAACCACAUGAACCGAUUCCUAUGGUGGAGCAGAAGGCUUAA